CCUCGGGAUCCUAUUACCGGUGGAUUCACAAGCACUACAUAGUUACCUUCGCCAUCAACUCUAUCCUGGUCACCUCUCAACACUCUUAUCCCAACGCAUAGACCUUUGUUCUUCACAGUUACACCCUCUUCAGAUUCCCAUACCGUGCUCGCGUUGCCUAAAUCUCAACGCAAACUAAGUAUACCAGGAGCCUGCACAGAAUGAUUAAAACUGCGCUAACCGAACUCCUGGGCAUCCGUGUGCCAGUAGUGCAAGGUGGUAUGCAAUGGGUCGGAAAACCUCCACUUCCUGCAGCUGUUUCGAACGCAGGAGGUCUUGGGAUAAUCACUGCACUAACCCAGCCGAACCCCGAAGCUCUGCGCACUGUCAUUCGCGAGACACGCGCAGCAACUGACAAGCCCUUUGGCGUAAACCUCACGCUUCUACCCUCGAUCGUCCCACCAGACUACGAAGGUUACGCGCGUGUAGCUGUGGAAGAGGGCGUCAAGAUUUUUGAGACGGCAGGGAACAAGUCCUUCAUCGAGUUCUUCAAGUCGCAUGGAUGCAUUGUGAUACACAAGUGCACUACGAUUCGACACGCUAAGUCUGCAGAACGAAUGGGUGUUGAUGUCCUGAGUAUCGACGGUUUUGAAUUCAUUUAUACCAUUACUGACUAUUCGCAGCUUGCAAGAUCCGCGCAAGAACUCAAGAUACCCUACAUUGCAUCGGGCGGUAUCGCCGAUGGCCGUGGAUUGGCCGCUUCCCUCGCACUCGGUGCCGCUGGAGUGAACAUGGGCACACGAUUCUUGUGCACGGUUGAAAGCCCUAUCCACCAAAACAUCAAAGAGAAGAUGGUCGCCUCCAGUGAACAAGAUACCAUCCACAUAUUCCGUACCUUGAACAACACCGCGCGCGUUUUCAAGAAUGCAGUGUCGACGCAGGUCGUUGCUCUCGAGCAGCGCCCAGGUGGGGCGAAGUUUGAAGACGUCCGUGAGCUUGUCGCAGGCGCACGAGGCAGAAUGGUAUACGAGAACGGUGAUCCCGACUAUGGGAUUUGGACUGCGGGUAUUUCAGUUGGCUUGAUCAAUGACAUCCCAACGUGCGAAGAGCUCUUGUCGCGCAUAGAAAGGGAGGCUGAAGAGAUUAUCGGCGGGAUGUCUAAGUUGGUCAAGGGGAAGGCUAAGCUGUAGUUUUG